CCUACAGUAUUUAAGUGAACUCCUGCAGUCCUUCGGUCAUAAUCUGACUGACCCAGACAUAACACAACCACAGAUCAACAACAAGAAGACAAUGAAGACUAUCUCAGCUUGUGUUCUUCUCGUCUGCCUGAUCGCUGUAGGGGUGAAAGGACAGGACAGGUCUUCAAGGGGCAGGUGUUUCUGUGUAGACAAAGGUGCAAACAUGGUUUUAGUGAAGAACAUCGAGAAGGUUGAAAUCAUUCCUCCAAGUCCAUCUUCAAAACAUGAGAUUAUUGUCACUUUGAAGAAUGGAGCAGGACGGAAAUGCAUGAAUCCAGAGUCCAAAUUCACUCAAAACGUCAUCAUAAAGGCUAUUGAAAAGAUGAAGCAGCAGACACACAGUACAACUGUCUCUGUCCCAACGAGGAGCACCGGGACAUCAUCAGCUCCAACAGCCUUCAAAUGACUUCAUAGACUUCAGAUGGAUUCAUAUCCUGAUUCAUAAGUUGGGGUUCAAUUAA